UGGGUGGGGCCAGUGAGUCAUUGAAAUAAAGACGCCGUGAUGAUCUAGGGCAGUGACAGGUUUACCUGUCAUCAACUCAGAGUUAACAUGUCCCUAAAUGACUGGAAGUGGAUCUUCAUUGUUCUAACCCUGUUUGGACUCAUUGUUCUGCUGCGCAACAUCAUCACUGAGGAGAACUGGAAGUACUCCGUGGUGUCGGCGGCAUUGGACGAGGUCCAGUAUGGGAACCAGUCAUCAAAUCUCACGAGAAGCCUCCCAGCGUUUUAUCCCAAUCACAGCUACUGUCCACAUCAGGGUCUGCCAAUGUCACUUGAGGAACAGCUGGAGGAACGUAACCUGUUGGACUCCAUCAUCUGGCCAUAUCCACCCUCUGGCUCUGAACUACUCAACCUGUCCCAGACCAGUGACCCAGCCCACAGCCUGUUCACGAUCGUCCCUUCCCAAAAAGACCAGCAAUGGCACGUGGGCGACCAGCUGGAAGUGCAGAUCCACCUGCACGACUACGAGGGCCGACCCAAGCGUUACGGCGGCGAUUUUCUCUUGGCUCGGUUGCAGUCCCCACACUGCAGAGCGGGUGUGGUCGGCCAGGUGCUGGACCACAAGAACGGAGUUUAUUCCGCUCGAUUGCCACUGCUGUGGGAGGGCUCGACUCAAGUCGAGGUCAUGAUGGUCCACUCGAGCGAGGCUAUCGCCGUACUGUGGCGACUGAGGGAGAAACGGCCCGAUCGGGUGUAUUUCACCGGCAACUUUCGCCGAGGCCGUCUUUCCGAGACCACAGUUUGCAACAUGUGCUUUCUUCUACAAGACAAGGGACCACGGUGCAACUUCACAGACCUUCAAACCGGCGAGCCGUGGUACUGCUACACGCCCAAAAAGCUCAGCUGCGAAGAUAGAAUCAGCCAUGCCAAGGGAGGCUACCUCAAAGGCAUCAUCACCAGCAAGGAAGCUUUGCUCUUUCAGAGAUGUGGUGUCAGAAGAAUGGCUUUAAAGAAUGUGUCUGAUAUGGUUGGUUGGUCACCUACAAAAUUGUCUGGGUUUGAUCUCUGUACCAAUCAAAUGUAUGCUAUGCAACCACUUUUUGAUCUCAGCGGUGUCAACAUCAAAGUUCGCAUCAACGCAGCCACAACAGACACCAUCGACGUGCUGCCUUCCAGGACAAGUGAAGAACGAAAAGAAGAUCCCGUGACGUCUGGGUACUACUACCGAGAUUUGUGGAGACCUUUUCGCGACCUCCCCAUGCGCCCGUUCAAUCAGGCGUCUGCCAUCACUCAAUGUUUGACCAACAAGCUGGUCUACUUGUACGGGGACUCCACCAUGCGCCAGUGGUACGACUACCUCAUCUCUGUGCUUCCAGAAUUGAAAGAAUUCGCGUACAAACCAAAAAGCGUGGGGCCCUUAAUGGCGGUGGACAGCACCCGCAACAUUCUGGUCCACUACCGCUGCCACGGCCCACCCAUCCGCUUCGCCACUCUCAUGGCCAGCGAGUUGCGCUACAUCGCCAACGAGCUGGACGGCCUGACCGGCGGUCCGGACACGGUGGUCGCCAUCAGCAUCUGGUCCCACUUCAGCACCUUUCCCGCGGAGGUUUACAUGCGACGCCUGAGGCUAAUCCGCAAGGCAGUGGUGCGACUCCUGAACCGGUCGCCGGCAACGGCGGUGAUUGUCCGCACGGGCAACCCUCAGAUUCAGAGAAAUGAUAUCAGCCUGUACAACAGCGACUGGUUUUCCCUGCAGCUGAACACCGUGCUGCGCUCCAUGUUCGAGGGUCUGGAUGUUUUGCUGGUCGAUGCCUGGCAGAUGUGCGUGGCACACCACGAGCCUCACAACCUUCACCCUCCUCGGCCGAUUAUCAAGAACAUGGUCGACCUGAUGUUGUCCUACGUUUGUCGUAAUGGGACCACAAACACUGCGUGAUCUUUGUAGAUCAAAAUCAGGUUGAGAAAGUUGUCAUUGAAGCAUCAGGGUAACCCAACACGUGGUCAUGCGUGCGGGCGUCACUGUGUUUUUAUCAGACCACCAAAUACACGGUUAACUUACAAAAGUUAGGGGAAAAAGUGUGGAAAAACAAAUUUCAGCUUGAAAAUAAUUUUGCUUCACUUUGGUCAUUAUUUUGAAUAAACUAUUUUCACUGACCAGAA